UAUUACGUCACUACAACAUAACAUAGACAGCUGUGACGUCAGUAGCCCCUGGACCAGCCACUACAACACCAAACAACAAAACUAGACAAUAUCCAGUUAGUCAGUGAUCACCAUCAUGUCUUGUCCUCUAUUUCUGUCCACUAGGUUGACUGUCUAAAAAUGGCCGCCCAGCAUUUGAACGCUACAUCUCUCCAGGAAGCAGUUGAGCACAAUUCCAACGUCCUGGAAAUUAUUCUCAGGACUGUGCAGGAACUGCAAGGAGAGAGUCUGAAAACCAACCGAAGACUGUCGGGUCUGGAAGCCAAAGUGACCAGUCUGGUAGACCGGACCCCCGGUACCCCUACACCGAGCCCCAGGACCCCCGGUACCCCUACACCGGUCCCCCAGACCCCCGGUACCAGCGAGUCCUCCGCCAAGGAAGAAAUCCUAGCGGAGAUUCGCAAACAAUCCCAAUACACGAAGGCCUAUCUGGAGCUGAGCGUGAAUGACGCGGAGACAGUCGUGAUGUCAGAAAUCACGGAAACUAAACGCGUACUCUCCUCGAGAAUAAAAAACCUGUCUAAAAGUGUACAAGCAAAUAACAGGAGAAAUAACAACUCAAAUUCCAAAAUAGGCAGACUCAUCAAAAUUACCGCCUUCACAAACACGAAAAUAAAACAAAAACUAGGAAAGAUUAAGGAGUCUAUCAACGAGGCAACGGGCAGAGUGAAUGAGCUCUGCGAUACGGGCAAGAAAAACUUCGCUAUAGUUGAAAAAAUGAGGGAGGAUUUUGGGACGGGGGGUCGGGUCCUGGCAUUGUUACGGGCAGACAGUAGGGCGGUUAUUGACCAAGUCGUAACCGAAGGAGAGAUUAUGCGGGAGGUGGUAAGGGGGGUAAGAGAAACGCAGGGAACGUACACGUGUGACUUUUACGUCACACAAUUCAGUGACUGGGUGGGGUCGGGGGAAGAACAUUACAGCCGGCUCUGGUACAUAGACCAGAGCAAAACUUAUUUAAAGGGUAACGUGGGUUUUAAAAAAGACAAGAAAAUUGAAGUGUGGCUGGUUCACGGUCGGCACCCGCACGUUGUGGGUCUGGCCGGUCGGACUGGAGCACGUGUCAGAGUGAGUGUGGCGGUGGUGAGACAGACAGGGACAGGGGACAACUGGGAGCUGGGGAGUGAGGUGGAGAAUUUUGACGAGACGACCAUCCCUGUAGGGUGGGAUGGCUGGGUGGGUGUCUGGGGAUGUGGUGUAGCCUCCGACGUGUCUUGUGAUGAGCUGUACACACGGGGGUUGGUGAAUGAGGUGGGAGACACAGUUCUUUUCCGGUACACCAUCACUGUACUGUAGGUGAUAGAGGCGGGGGUCUUGGGGGUGUCGACGGUCAGACACCCAAACAGACACACAGUCAGACACACAGACAGGCACACAAACAGAUAGACACUCUGACAGACACACAGAGAG